UUUAACAGGGUGGCAAACUUUGGGUCAGGUAUCAACGUUUUGGUUUAUUCCUCUAAAAAGUUGCAACAGUUUUUGCAGCCAUGUCGCGAUUUAGCGGAGCUUUACAACUUACUGACCUAGACGACUUUAUUACUCCUUCACAGGAAUGCAUAAAACCAGUGACGAUAGAUAAGACAAAGUCGAAGACUGGCGCUAAAAUUACUGUGCAAGCCGAUGGCUACUACGAGGAAUCUGAUAGCGGUAAGCAAAAGCUGCAGAAAGUUGAGAUCACACUGCAAGAUUGCUUGGCCUGCUCCGGGUGCAUUACUUCCGCCGAGGGCGUACUUAUUACGCAGCAAAGUCAGGAGGAGCUGCUCAAAGUGCUGCGCGAAAAUCAAACUCUUAAAACCACCGAUGAGAGCAAGGAGGCUCGUAUCAUUGUGUUUACCAUUUCCACACAGCCACUGCUGAGUUUGGCACAUCGCUAUCAGCUCGGCGUGGAGGAGACGGCACGCCAUUUGGCCGGUUACUUACGUCAACUCGGAGCGGAUUAUGUUCUGUGUACAAAAAUUGCUGAUGAUCUGGCAUUGCUCGAGUGUCGGCAGGAGUUUGUUGAUCGCUUUCGCGACAAUCCAGAGCUCGGCAUGCUCAGUUCCUCGUGUCCCGGAUGGGUUUGCUAUGCCGAGAAAACGCAUGGUACUUUCAUAUUGCCUCACAUUGCCACAACGCGUUCGCCGCAACAGAUUAUGGGUGUUCUGGUCAAGCAAUUGUUGGCUGAAAAGCUGGGAGUGUCAGGUUCAAGGAUCUACCAUGUGACAGUCAUGCCCUGCUAUGACAAAAAGCUGGAGGCUUCCCGCGACGAUUUUUAUAGCGAGGUGAAUGAGUCACGUGAUGUGGACUGUGUAAUUACCUCAAUUGAGGUGGAACAAAUGCUGCAAACGGAGGAACAAACAUUGCAGCAGUAUGCACCCUCGGAUUUCGAUUGGCCCUGGACGGAUCAGCAGCCGGAAUCUCUGAUAUGGGCACAUGAGGCGACCAUGUCUGGUGGCUAUGCGGAGCACAUAUUUAAAUAUGCCGCCCAUGAGCUAUUCAGCGAGGAGACGCCCAAUGAGUUGCAAUUCAAGGCGCUACGAAAUCGCGAUUUUAGCGAAAUUUGCUUGGAAAAAGAUGGCAAGAUACUUUUAAAAUUUGCCAUUGCAAAUGGAUUUCGUAAUAUACAAAAUCUGGUACAGAAACUGAAGCGUGGCAAAACGGCACCAUAUCAUUUUGUCGAAGUGAUGGCCUGCCCCUCCGGCUGCAUCAAUGGCGGUGCACAGGUGCGACCGACGACGGGACAACAUGUGCGUGAGUUAACCCAACAGCUCGAGGAAAUGUACAAGCAGCUGCCCCGCUCCGAUCCCGAUAAUACGCAUACUAAACAGAUAUACACUGAAUUUUUGGGUGGCGCACAUACGGAUAAAUCUGAAGAGCUACUGCACACAAAGUAUCACGCAGUGGAGAAACUCAAUACGGCGUUAAACAUAAAAUGGUAGCGCAGAUUCUGUUAAUUCCUUUUUUAUUGUUAAUUUUGUCGGGUCAGUCUACAGCAAUAUGUACACAAAUAUAAACGACUGUUGUUCUUAAACUAAACAAGCAA